AUUCAUGCCCAUCCUUGCUCGACUUUUUAUCCAGUGCUAUUUCAAAUGAGAAGAAAAUAAAACUGCUAUCAGUUAUGCAGGAUAUUUCUUAUGGCAUCAAGAUCGGUUGGCAAGAAUCUUAUCUAUCUGAACUCAUGAAGCAGCUCACGGAUUGGAUAGUACAGCCUAUGUCAGAGCCACAAUACCGCACUAUUGGGCAUAAAUCUUUAACUGUCCUUGUCAAUUUAUGCUAUGGAAAUCUUCCAGCUAUUUAUGCACUUAUGAGGACUGUAGAUACAAAAGAAUUUGUUGUCCAUCUAAUAAAUUUGAAGGACAGUGGUUAUGGAGGGGUGGCAUUGUGCAGACUAUUGGACACAGACAACCUAUGUAUUGCUGCUGCCGAUGAUAGGAGUGAACCAGAGAAUACACUUAGUUGUCUUCAAAGCACUUUAAAGUUCCUAACAGUUUUAGUUAAUUUGGAUUCAUAUUCACUAAGAUGUCACCAUUAUCAGUUGAUCUGUCUGUGUAUGAAGACAAGUAGAAUUUGCUUGCCCGAGUCCCUUGAGCUGCCAUCUAUGCAUUUUAAAAAACAUAUUUAUUAA